AUGGCGGGAAAUCAACAACACAAGCUUUGUAUGGUGCCAGGUCCAAUUGAGUUUCAUGAGGAUGUUCUCACAGCAUUAUCCACGCCUUCACAUUCUCAUGUCUCGCCUGAUUUUAUUCCUGUGUUUGGAGAAUGCUUUGGACUUUUAAGGAAGCUUCUGUUUACUGAGAAAGGCCAACCAUUUAUUGUGGCUGGUUCUGGCACACUUGGAUGGGAUAUGGUAGCUUCAAAUCUGGUUGAGCAAGGUGAAGAUGCUUUGGUACUGAAUUCCGGAUAUUUUGGCGAUUCAUUCACAGCUUGUCUUAAAACAUACGGUGCGAAAGUGACCCAAGUUCAUGCUGAAAUUGGAGAUCGUCCUACAAUUGAGAGCAUACACGAAGCACUUUCCCAAAAUACGUUCAAGAUCGUCACUAUUACACAUGUCGAUACGUCCACGGGAGUACUUUCAGACAUCAAAGCCAUAUCUGAGCUUGUACAUAAGAAAUCUCCUAACACGCUGGUUGUUGUUGAUGGUGUAUGCUCAGUUGGCUGCGAAGAAAUCCGCAUGGAUGAAUGGGGGCUGGAUGUUGUAAUGAGUGCGAGCCAGAAAGCAAUCGGCGUGCCACCAGGAUUGUCUAUUCUAGUAGCAAGCGAAAGAGCCAUAGACGUAUUCAAAAACAGAAAGAGUCCUGUCACUAGUUAUUACGCCUCUUGGCAUAAUUGGCUUCCAAUCAUGAAUGCAUACGAAGCGAAAAGGCCAUCCUAUUUUGCUACGCCUCCAGUCCAAUUGAUCUAUGGUCUCCAUACGAGCUUGAAGCAGUUAACAGCCACCUCGCUUGAGGCUCGCUUUGAACAGCAUAAAACAGUCAGUGACAUGAUUAAACGUACGUUCGAUGAGUUGGGACUGAAGAUGCUACCAAAAUCUCUAGACAUGGCAGCCCAUGGCAUGACGGCAGCAUAUUAUCCAGAAGGCAUACAAGGUCUUGAUCUUCUUCGUAAGAUGUCGGCGCACAACAUUGUAGCUGCUGGCGGUUUGCAUAAAGCCAUCGCUUCAAAAUAUUUUAGAAUUGGGCAUAUGGGUAUUAGUGUGGUCGAGAGUGAACGCCAACAUAUUCAGCAAGUAUUGGAUGCUUUAAAAGCCAGCUUGCAUGAGUUGGGAUACAAAAAAGCAUGA